GGUCAUUCAACUGUCACAUGUGGGAACUGAUAUGAUUUGGAUUUGUUAUCUUCUGACUUCAAGAUGUAAAGGUCUUAAAAACACAAUUAAAAAAUAUUUUUUUAACAUGUCCGUAACACGUUUAAUUGUUCACUGCUGUUUGGAUCUAUGUCAGUGGAAACAUAGCUGCUCUUUUCUCCACUUUUGUUGAAAAAGGCUAAAGAUAGUGCUGACCACAAAUGAAAGACACACAGGCUUGUAGUGGGCUAAGAGCGGUGUCAAAGAAUAUUAACGUUUCUAUUUCUUAUUAACUCAGUGGGAGUUGAGUUCAUAGAAAUGAGUGAGUGUAGGCGUUGUCUCUAGGCGUGUACACUAUUUAAAUGUGAAGAGGGAAUUGAAGUCUGUACAGAGGCGCUCGAGUUUGAAUUGUGAGAGAUUUCUGCAAACUAUCUCAGCUUCACUUCACUUCACUUAGGUUAGCAAGUAAGUUCAGCACAGGUGAAGAUGCAUCUGUUUGUCAUCUCUGUGAUCCUGGCAUUAGGAUUUCCGUUCAUCAUGACUGAAGUUGUAAAUUCAUUCAGCACAUGCAGGCAGUUUUUCCUUGAUGAACAGUCUCCAGUAAUUCCUGGCAUUCUGAAUGGAUCAGUCUCACAGGAUAAUAACCGCUACAAACUAAUCUGUCAAAAAUAUAAGAACAUUUAUAGAUUUGCAACUCUCUACGACACAAAAAAGAAGAUCCCUGUUUUCUCAGCCUACAAAUAUACUGGGCAUUAUACAGGAAGACCACGUCCUCGAUGGAUGAUUGAGCCACAGCUUGAAACUAAUGGGGAAACAAAUAAGGAAAUGCGUGAACCAUGUGUCAAUCAGGCUUUCACCGGAGACUACUGGACACAGGAAAAUUUGUCUCGUGGUCACUUAUUUCCCAACAGCCAUGCAGCUGAUGACAUCACUGCUGAAUCUACAUUCACAAUGACCAAUACUGUGCCACAGUAUAACAGUUUUAAUAAUGGUAGUUGGCGUAUCAUGGAGGAAAAUGUUAGAAAUGUCAUGGAUUCUCACUGUCGUGACAAAGACAACUCUACUAAUAUCUUGGCGUACGUGCUGACAGGAGCUGUGUCGAGCUCUGCCAACAGCUUGAAUAAGAGAGUUAACAUUCCCUCACACAUGUGGACAGUGUUCUGCUGCUAUAAUGGUACAGCAUGGGUCUCCCAAGCUCACUGGGCUGAAAACAAAGAAAGUAAUGUAAACACAAUCAAUGCAAAAUCUCUGGACAAAUUUCAGUCUGAGUUUCUGCAGAAAAAAUAUGGUGCAGGAUCCGUACCGUUUAACGGUAACUGUUUUAAGUUUUUAAAAAAAAGUGAAUGAAGGUUAACUUGAACCCAAAUACUGAAGACAUGGUGGUCCUUAAUUCAAUUAAUUUCCAGCAUCGGUUUGAACCUGAUUAUGCAGCUCAAAGAUCCUUGAAGUCAUGCAGUUAGUUUGCUCUAAAUGUGAAGGUGGCAUGAUAGAAUAACAUUAACAGAUUUCUGUUAGUAACUCUGACCCAUGUUAUUUCUUUGAUCACUGUUAUGCAAAACAAAUAAAUGCUUUCAUAAUGCUUGCAAAAUGA